CGCCUCUUGUCUCCUCUGCUAGACCUCAAGACGUGAUUGUGAAGGCGACAACUGGCCUACCAGAGUCGACGCCUGCGCCUGCAACUCGUCACUCGCUUCUCUUGUCUGAGACGCCUCCUUUCGGUCUCGAAACGCGGCUUACAGCUGAAGAGGCUGGUCCACAUCUACGCCGAGAGUUUCCAGGGGAGACGCUGCCGACGACCAGCGCGGCCGCGGCGAGAGGGGGAGAGAGAGAGAGAAGAGAGGGCAGUCCAGGAUUUCGCGAUUUGAAAACUGCACACGAAAGAAGACGAAUGAAGACUCGGAACGUGAGCGAGUCGCAAGAGCUGGUGUUCACCUAUCGAAGAAAGCUGAAACUCGGUGACGCUGAAGACGUCGCUGUUCCUGUAGGCGUGACUGCCGUCAAGUUCAACACCGUCCAGCCAGAGAAAACAGAGCUCUUCACUGCAGACGAAAAGGGAUUUCUACGUUGCUGGUCCUAUGAGCAUCUUCUCUCUGCGGGGCGUUUGCGCUCGGGCGUCGCGCGUCUGAGUCGGAGGCCUUGCGCGUCUCCUCCGACUCUGCAUGUUGCGCCGUUUUCUUGUUCAGCAGGCGAGCCUGACGGAGGGGGCAGGGAGAGUCUCGAGCGUCGCCUUGCCCGACGCCUGGGGGACCGAGUGGACGUUGUCAGUCUGCAGAUGCAACAGUGGGAGAAGGCGCUUCUGAACGCCGACCUUUCGAGCUCCAUCGACACAGCACACUCCGCCUCCACCGCGCUUACGUUCCGGUCUUCGGGGAAGGAGGACUCCGGAGACUCCUCAGGUCUUCUCCGCGACGAGAGUCUCCCGUGGUCUCUCUCGGAGGAUAGCAGGCAGCCUGAGCGAGGCCUCGAGACGCGAGGACGAGAAAGCGAGCAUGUCGGAGGAACAGACAGGUCAGGAAGCAAGAGAGAGGACCAAGGCGGUAGGGGCGACAGGGCCGAGGAGAGCGGAGGAGGCCAGGCGAGAGCUGAGAAGCAGGAACGGGAAGAGAAAGAAAAAGGAGAAGAAGAAGAAACAGAAGAAGCAGAAGAACAAGAAGAAGGAGAGAGUGGACGCCGAGCGAGACCUGGGGCAAGGGGGGGGAGCAGAGAGGAAGGGAGACGAGAAAGGCCGAAAGAAUCGUACUCGUUUGGCCGGCUCGAAAGCCGAGCCUUCAUUACGCAACUCGCCAGAGGCGGAGCAGCAGAGGAAGCGGGCGAGUGCGCCGAGGACGAACACAACAGACGAGAAGGAAGGAAAGAAAACUCAGAAAGAGAAGGACAGAACAAGAACGUGGAAAGAAACCACAUGUCGGAGAAACAUGGAUGCAGUCGCGCACAAGAAAAAAGGAGGACACCGCAUCGUUCAGAAGUGACCCUGCUUUGGGAGCGCGCCGCGCAUGCAGAUGCGAUCCUGACGAUGCAUCUCUACAGCUCUGCGGAUCUCUCCCCGGCUGGUCCUUCCUCCUCGACCGCCAACACCGCACCGCCUCCCGAUGCUUCUUCCUGCUCUCCGCCACAGCACCGCGAGACCGAAUCAGGCGUCCUUUCUCUGCCAGCGGCUUCUGUCCCUUCGACGAAGAAGCCGAUGAACGAAGAGCGAACGACUCUGCCCGGGACAUCGCACUCAGGCGCCAGGCCUCCCUCUCGUCCUCGCGCCGACUCUCCUCAAAGCCUCAAGCGGUCUCGUUCGUCGCCACCUUCGUCGAGGAACGAGGGCGCGUCGCCGGAGAUGCCGUCUGAGGGAGACUCCCAGCAACUCGACGCGAACCAGAACGUCUCAAGUGCAGCGCACAGUCCCUGCAACAAGAAGACGCCUUGGCUGCUCACGACGGGAGCCGAUAAAAUCGUGAAAACCUGGAGGGGCGACGGAGCGCCUCUGGGGAAGCUGGCCUGCGACUCUUCCCGCUACUGGACAGCCUUAGGCAACCGCGAGGCUCACUGGGCUCGGAGGCUUGACCAAGCGAGGGAGCUUUUGAAUCUCCUCUCCGAACGCUUCUUUCUUCAAGAUGCUUGCUCUUCUUCCUGUUCUGGUUCUUCUGCUUCUUCUGGUUCUUCUUCUUCUCCUUGUUCCUCUUCCUCGGCGCGCCGACGCCUGCGAGAGCGCGACGGAACGCCUUGCUCUGCUGCAUCUUCUUCUCCCCUUUCCACUUGCCGUCGCUCGGCUUCUCACUUCCCUUUUCUCCGUUCUCCGCCCUCUGCAUCUUUCGCUUCUUCGCCUGGGGACGGCGUUUUCGCUCGGCGAGGACGGCGAGCGGUCUCUUCCAAAGGCCUUUGCUUGCCGAGAACUGACCUCGAAGUUCGAGACGCGGCUGACGAGGAACCUGGAAGCCGAGCUCUCACGCUCCGCCGCGUCUGGCGCGCUCAGCACCGGAGAGAGAAAAAAAGCGAGAGGCGCAGAGAAAGCGGCAGGGAAAACGAACACGAAGAAGAUCGGUGGCCAUGGAGGAAGACUUUCUCUCUUUCGCUCUCCAGAGAAGAACAACGAAGAGGCGAAAUCCCCAGCAAGUCGUCGUCCCCAAACUUGCGGCAAACGACAAGGUCAAACUCUUCUGCAGGCUUCGCGACUCACGCUUCCAGGACGGCGAUACUACGUCACCGUCAACGAUUCAAUCCUUCUCGGAACGCUCCUCUUUCUGAGGCAGACUCAGAAGCCGCGAUACUCUUUGAGGAGUGCCUGAGAAAGGCUUCGCCUGCGGGCAACGCGCGCUGACCGUCGCCUUGGAAAAAAAUCUGAGGAGAGGUUCUUCGAAGAAGUGGAAAAAAAACGUCGACAAGGAGAUGCGUUUCUGAGGAGGCGAACUAGCAAAGACACGCUCUUCCUCGGAAAGAGAGAGAAGGAAGGAGAAAAAGGAGACGCAGAGGACGAAGAGAUAGAGACACAGCGGAGAUUUUGGGGGGAGACAGAAAGCCAGAGCGGAAUGCACGACUGGACGAGAGCAUAGGAAACGAAGAGAAGCACCAGAGAAAGAAUGAGAGUAGAGAGAGAUGCAGAAAACGCGGCGAAGAGAAGAGAGAAGAGACGCAGCCCUGGUGUAUCUCGAAGACAGAGGAAGAGAGGAGACUCGCGGAUCUUCUUCCUGUCUCCCUUUCUGCAAUUUCAGAGGCGGUUCCACGAACUUGCACAUCAAUGGCCGAGAAAAGAAGAAAGGAGGAAAGACACUUGCGUGGAGGCGAGGAAACAGAAGCGAGCUCUUCAGGUGUACAUCCAGGCACAAAGACACAAGAGAACGAAAUGUACCAGGAGGCAGUGCCGCGACAUACUGUGUUUCCGCCGUCAGAAAGAGAGGAAAUUGUCACUCUUUGUUUUCAGAAACUCAAAAGGGGGCUUCUGGCUGCCAGGAUCCGGCAAGCGAGAGAACGCGUUUCCUUUGUUCGGAUAGGUUCUUUUUUAAAAAUCACAGCUUUUCUCCAUACCAAAACGCGUUUCGCGAUAUCUCAACGUCUGAAACGGAGAAAACCACAGACCCUCUUUCGGAGGCCGCGAAAAACCGGGGACAUGCAUGCAUGCGUCCCCUCCUCCCCGUUGAGCUUUCUCUCCUUUCUUCUCUCUGCUUUCUGCACACUGCCUCUCCCUUUCUGCUUCCAAAACGAAGCCAUCCAAAGUUGAAAACUGUCUGCUACGGACAUGCUCGGUCUCACACAACUCCCUCCCAGAAGGGAACCCACGAGGAAACGCAUACGUAUAUAUAUAUAUAUAUAUAUAUCUUGAGGCAUGCAGCCACCUGUGGGAUUGAAGCAAAUAUAUGAGUAAGAAUAUUCAAAUAUAGAGACAGAAAUCGACAGGCCUGUCCUACGAGUGCAGAGUCAUCCGUGCGUUAGCGUGGAGCGGUCUAGAAUGAACGUCGCUUGUUUCCGACAGCGGACUCCGAGAUAUCUGGAAAACCUCGAGUUCGCAAAUGCGAAGAGAAUGCAGAUGAACAUAAACGAAGGGAACAUGCCGUUCCUUUCCCACAAAGACGCG